CACAUUUGGCAUUUCAGUUACACAUGCUUAAGGGAUGAUUUCUUCAAGUUACAUCACGCCUCAAGAUGAAUUUGGCAUCUCAUUGUCCUUUUCUUAUCAUUUGCAGGAUAUGUACCAUUGUUUCACAGUAGUGGCAUACUGGCAAGCCAUCACAGUUUUACACUCUAUUGACAUAAAUUCAAGUUAACAUUUAUUGUUAAUUCAGCAAUCAAAUGGUAAUAAAAAUGCAUAUUAAGAUACACUCACUUUCACAUAGCACUUUUAAUGAGAUAAAAUUACAGGAAGAAAAGAAUCCAUGCUUCUUACUUACACUGAGAUAAUGCACUCAGGCUCCUUCGUGAUGGUGUGGUCAUCUGAUCCAAAUAUUUUCUUUUUUGCUUGGAUGAUUGCCUAUUAUCUGCUGAUUGAUCAUACCUACAGUUUGAGAGGAAUUUUCGAGAUAAAGCAUCACAAGCCCUUGAGCCGGCAGAGUCCAGGAAUGGCUGUUGGGGUUGGGCCAUCACCGCCAUGAGGGUUGGUUUGUUUGGUGUUUCAUCAAUAUGUUAGACGGGCCUCAACUGGGUUGUGGCACGCUGCUUUGGCCACCUUCGAGUGCCGCAGCCCCCAGAGCCAGAAUUUAGUUGGCUGUCUAUGAUGGGCGAGCCCAUCAUAAACACUGAUUCAAGUUGUACAAUCUCUGCAUGCACGAUGUGCAUUGAGGCCCAGCAUAGGCUGGCUUUUGAGCGAAUUAAUGGGAAGGGAUCCUUCCGAUGCAAGACUAAGGCGCCUGGGAAGCUUAAGAAGGUAUGCUAUAAGAGAGAUGUUUGGGAGAGUGAGUCAGGGGCAGAUGCGGGUGAUGUUUUGCACGUCAUUUUUGAAAUGGGAGGUGUGCUGACCACAGACUCAACGAAUAACAUCAAACUCCCCAUAGAUGGGCAUGUGCUCAUAGAUGGGCAUGUGCUCAUAGAUGGGCAUGUGCUCAUCAGACAGGACCCUGACUUGGGGCGAAAUCGCUUUGCACGGCUACUUUAUUCCCGUGGCCCCGUCAUCGGUUCUCUUUGGGCAGCGGAUGGAGACUAUGAAAGUUGUCAGGGAGAGCGCGUUUACAGAGGACGAGAAGAGCAGUACCGUGUCCCAGGUUCUGGUGACUACCAUGCCGUUGUAUGUUGUCAGUAUCGGUUCAGAAAGAGCAAUAACGAGUUGCAAAUAAGAAUUAUGGACAACUAUGCUGCUGAUGGACCACUGAGAUGGGUGUUGUUUGAAGCAUUUAGGUUCUUUUAUCUCCCACUCGUAGAAAAGCCUCUUGAACCCCACCAGCUGCGAAGGAAGAAGAAGAAGAACAAAGAACAUGGUUUGUCGACAAUGGUGAAAAAGGCACAUUGGUGGAUUAUCUGCCGUGAGAUUGGCAAGUACUAUUAUCUGAAAAAGAGAGAGAUUCCAAGAUAGACAAUUGUUGAUAGAGAAUUCUUUCUUCUGUUGGCACAAACUGCUGGGUGCCAAUCCUUGAUUCUUUUGGUGAUCACAUUCUCGCAAAUAGCCUCUUGAGAUCUAUUUACCUAGUAUUUUGGUGUGUAUGACCUCUUGAGAUCAGUCAUGUGUACGGUAAGGUACCUUGAUGUUCCAAGGAAUAGCUUUAUGCCCAAAACUAGUAGCUGUUCUUAUCAUUUGUAUGAACCAGACAUAGCUAUGAGCAAUAUACAGUAGCUGUUCUUCAGUUUUCCCAAAAAAUC